GUCAUGUUUCUCGAUUACACUUAAAGAUGUUUUUCUUUCUACAACCCUACGUCUCAAGCUUGAGAUCUUCCGGUGUCAAAGUUGACCGGCAGGACUGUCAUGUCUUUGUUGCCUCUGUAGCACAUCAAGUGUUGUUAAUAGAAGAGCGGGGUAGAUGGGAAAAUAACAGUUAUCUGUACAGAGGAAGCAGAUUUAAACCUUACCCACAACAGUCAAACCACCCAAAAGAUGGAAGAAAAGCUGAACGGAUCACUGCCUGUUGUCUCCCCGGAGUAUCUUCAACAGUGGGUUCAGUCUGCCCAGCAGUUCCACGCUCUUCAGUCCCAGUAUUCAGGCUUGAACAACAACCAUCAGUUUCCCUACCCGGAGAGGCAGACGGGAGAGACGGCCAUGGCACACAUGGCUAAUCCAGAUCCCAUGAUGGAUCAACAGGGACCUGCCAACCUGGCAAAACCCCCAGCCAAAAAGAGAGGCAGACCAGCUCAGCCCAAGGAACCCAGGGCUCCCAAACCACCAAAAGUACCCAAGGCACCAAAGCCACCGAAGGACCCAAAUGCACCUAAAGCCAAACCCGGUCCUAAGCCCAAGAAGGCCACUGAGGCCAAGGCAGAUGGCAAGCAGGAGAAGAUUGAUGAGAGCUUCAAGAAGGUGAAGAGGAAAGUUGAUCGCUUCAAAGGAAUGUCAGAAGAGGAAGUCAUGAAAAAAACUCUACCAGACCUGCUGGACUACAACCUGGACUAUGUCAUUAUUGGUAUCAAUCCGGGGCUGAUGGCAGCUUACAUUGGACGAUGGUUUCCAGGACCUGGAAAUCAUUUUUGGAAGUGCCUGUUUCUGUCUGGAUUUACUGAGGAGCAGCUCAACCACAUGCAUGACACCGCCCUGCCUGUCAAGUACAAAAUGGGUUUCACCAACAUGGUGGCCAGGGCGACACCAGGGAGUAAAGACCUCACGAGUAAAGAGUUACGUGAAGGAGGCAAAAUUCUUGUAGAGAAGUUGAAGAAAUACAGGCCCCUUAUUGCUGUUUUCAAUGGAAAAUGUAUCUAUGAAAUGUUCUGCAGAGAAUUGUUUGGUAAGAAACCACAGAAGCUUGAAUUCGGCUUGCAGCCACACAAGAUUCCCGAGUGUGACGUGGCUCUGUAUUUGAUGCCCUCUUCCAGCGCUCGUUGUGCUCAGUUCCCUCGUGCUCAGGACAAAGUCCACUUCUACAUCAAACUGAGGGAGCUCAGAGAUCAGCUGAAGGGCGUCCAAAGGGGCACUGAGAUCCAGGAGGUUGACUACACAUUUGACCUGAAGUUGGCCAAGGAGGAUGCCAAGAGGCUGGCGAUAAAGGAGGAGCAGUACGACCCUGGUUAUGAAGAUGCCUAUGGAGGAGCGUACGUAGAGAGAGGACCUGAAGAGGGCCAGGCCCAGGCCCAGAGCCAGACCAACGGUCACUGUACAUUCUCAUCUGCAGAAAACACAGAAGGAGCACAGGCGGCGACCAUGUCUCAAACAGCAGAGGGCCAGCUCCCAGACGGACAGUGGAUGACCCAGUCCUUUGCGGAUCAGAUCCCAGAUAUCAGCGGCGGACCAAAAGGCGGCAGCGCAUGAGGCAAAAGGCUUGAAUGUCCCUGCGCUGACACGCAGACACUUCAGUCCUUCACCUCUUUGUCAGGUCUUAGAUUGUUUUCCUUUUUAUUAGUGUCAGAGUGGAAUAUACACACAUAGAUGGACUUUUUAGAAAUUCUGCAGAAUAUUCUUUCUGCAUUUUAUUUGUGAUCUUGUAUACAUGUCUGAUCAUCUUCAUGGCAGUCUUCUUAAAUGCGUGAAAUCAGGGACUCGACAGUGAUGCUUGACUGUCAUUGGAGAAGGUCAUGUAUUUAAACAUUGUCUUGCCUUCGUACUGUACUGUACUAUACUGCACUGUGAUGCAGUAGGUGUAAACAUUCACGUCUACUGUUUUUUAGCAGUAGAUAAAACUCCAGAUGGUUAUUUUAUAAGCUUGACUGAUCAGUGUGAGCCUAUAGGAUCCUCUGUGUGAAAUGAGGAUUUAGCAAGCAUUCAUAUUUUUACAUUCACGGUGCUAUGAACUGACCUCAAUGCAAAGUGAUCGCUCGGUGAAACCAGACUCGUCAUGGAUGUUGCAGAUUCCUCAGAAGGAAGUUCUGACAAGCCUUUCAAACACAACGUUACAAAACUCAAACGGGUUUUUUUAAUUUUUUGUUUUUUCUUUGUUUUGUUUUUAGGAAUUUUAGAAUUAUGUUUUGUAUGUUUUAUGGAAAUGACAUUCACAAGGAAUUUUAUGAAAC